GUCGCAAAACCUCACAGGACCACCAAUUUCAUUGGAAGACAGAUACAUUCAGCAAACAUGUCUAAAGUUUCUACCUCCCAAGUUAGAGAGCACGUUAAGGACAUCCUUACCUACUCCAACGAGACCAAGAAGAGAAACUUCUUGGAGACUGUUGAGUUGCAAGUUGGUUUGAAGAACUACGACCCACAGAGAGACAAGCGUUUCUCUGGUUCCUUGAAGCUUCCACAAGUUCCAAGACCAAACAUGUCCAUCUGUAUCUUCGGUGAUGCUUUCGAUGUUGACAGAGCUAAAUCUCUUGGUGUCGAUGCCAUGUCUGUUGAUGACUUGAAGAAGUUGAACAAGAACAAGAAGUUGAUUAAGAAGUUGGCCAAGAAGUACAACGCCUUCGUUGCUUCCGAAGUCUUGAUCAAGCAAGUCCCAAGAUUGUUGGGUCCACAAUUGUCCAAGGCUGGUAAGUUCCCAACCCCAGUUUCCCACAACGAUGACUUGUACGGUAAGGUCAACGAGGUCAAGUCCACCAUCAAGUUCCAAUUGAAGAAGGUCUUGUGUUUGGCCGUUGCUGUUGGUAACGUUGAGAUGGAGGAGGACAUCUUGGUCAACCAGAUCAUGAUGGCUGUUAACUUCUUGGUCUCCUUGUUGAAGAAGAACUGGCAAAACGUUGGUUCUUUGGUCAUCAAGUCUUCUAUGGGUCCAUCCCACAGAUUGUACUAAGUUCAAAGAGCUGUGCAUGUUUUAAUAGGAUUUUAACUUAAUGCGUUAUGUC